UAGCUACUGGACUAAUGGGUCAGCUCUUCGGAUCUUUGCAAAAAUCAAAGUAUACGGCAUUGCUUCCCCCCGAACUUUGGCACCAUUGCUGGAGUUUUCUGGUAGUCCAAGAUCUCCUUGCUGUCUCAUCCACUUGUUGGUCAUUUCGUUUUAUCUGCAAAGACUUAGUGUUCAAACACAUCACCACUACUAUCCCGUAUAAGCGCACCGUCCGGCACAUAUUCCAGCCUCGACAUGAAGAUACUGCACGCAUCAGACGAGCACGCCGACUUCUUCUUCGUCUGCACGCACUUCAAAGUGACAGUGAUGCUUGUCAGGUACUCCGGCUAGUGGAGACAUGGAGCAUCAAGACCUUUGGUUUGCCUGCUCCAUUAUACGAAAGCGAGAUCAUGCAAUACGGCAAAGCCACCUUCCCCUUCGUACAACCAUCCAUUUCAAUUUUCCUCAUUUUACCAUCGUGCAGAAACCUUCGUGUGCUGAGCAUUUCGGAUAUUCACAUGGAGGAAGAGCGCUGGUCUGCGCUCGUGAAAAUCUCUCGGCUGGAAUGCCUCAACAUGGAGCGAUGCAAUCUAUCAUCCACUGACAAGUCCAUGAAGCUCAAAGUCGUAUCAAUCACCUAUGAAGCACAUCUCGAUCCACCACCCGUUCCACCUCCAACUACACAGCUUAUUUCCUCGCUCUUCAACAUUCAACAUCUAGAGAGGCUCACACUACUCGACCUCACCUUCUCGAGUUCAUUUCUCCUUGGACUCGUUCAGUUGGGGCAAUUUGAGAACCUGAAACACCUUUCUGUAGCAGUCCCGGAAACCCACAUGGACACGCUGUUCGCCUUCUUGAGUGCGACACCUUCACUCACAUCGCUCACUAUUUCGAACUUCUCGACCAUGGCCAAACCUAGCAAGCCCUUUUUACAAUCUGUCAUUCCUAACCUCGUGGCCUACGAUGGUUUUCCGACUCUUAUCCCAAUUUUACUUACUGGGCGGCCCGUCAAUACUGUUUGUUUGAGGAUGAAUCACAGGACCGAUCCUCAAGCCAGUCUUGGCAAUCCGUUUGGCGUCUAUGAUAACAAUGUUAUCUGCAAAGCAUUGGAUGACUGUUCUGCGUCCGCUCGCGUGGUACAUGAUCUUAUGCUCUCCCCCUUUCAUCCUACCCCCGACAGCAUGCAGGACAUCGUGCGCAUCCACCCUAAUCUUCGCCACCUGCGGCUUGAUAUCCUGCGCACACCAAAUAUCAAUAUGAGCGUUGACGUGGAUGAACCCAUGUCACUUAUCAUGGACAUGCUUGCUGAUACCAUGGCAGUGCGAGAUAGUGAUAACUUCUCACGCCAUCCUUUGUUCUUGAUAUCUGGUUUCUUAAAUUGGAUCGCCAACGGUCAUCUCCCACUCCCAGCAAAGCUCGAGACACUGCAUCUUCAUUAUUACCAAAGAUCAGUGACAGUUUGCGGCGAUGUCACAAGGCAACGACUCCUCGUGCCAAAGAUCUCCGCCGCUUACCCUGCACUGCGUGAAAUUGAGAUGGGCACGACGCGCUGGUGGAGAGAGGGCGAUUGUUGGACCCACGAGGUACUCAGGUAUAGGGUUAUAGGCCAUAUUUAGUUGAGAACUACGAGAUAGAAGCACGAUAAAGAAGCACGGAUAAAUAUAUUUACUCUUCUCCGG